CAAAAAAGUCACCAAAUGCGUGCACUCACUCUAUAUAAACCACAUUGCUUGCCAGCAUUCGGUCAAUCCAAGUCCUCUCUUCCUUUUCGCUCUCCAAGGCGAGCUCGGUGCGGUGGAGUGAUGCCUUCUUCUUCUCCGUCUUCGGCUGCUUCGACUGCCACUGCGUUGCCGGAGGAGAAGGUGAAGAGGACGAAGAGCCAGUUUCAUCACAACGAGGCGAGCUUUCUGGCCUCGCUGAUGCCCAAGAAAGAGAUCGGCGUCGGUCGGCUCCUUGAGGCGCAUCCGGAGUAUGAUGGGCGGGGUGCUUUGAUCGCUAUUUUUGAUUCUGGAGUUGAUCCUGCUGCUUCUGGUUUACAAGUGACUUCAGAUGGCAAACCCAAGAUCUUGGAUGUACUAGACUGCACGGGCAGUGGUGAUGUUGACACUUCUAAAGUGGUGAAGGCUGAUGCUGAUGGUUAUAUUGUAGGUGCAUCAGGUGCACGCUUGCUUGUUAAUCCGUCAUGGAAAAACCCUUCUCAGGAGUGGCAUGUUGGUUGUAAAUUAAUUUAUGAUCUCUUCACUAGCACUCUGACAUCUCGUUUGAAGAAAGAAAGAAAAAAGAAAUGGGAUGAAAGUAAUCAAGGAGCAAUUUCGGAGGCUUUAAAGGAACUGAAUGAUUUUGACAAGAAACACAGUAAAACUGAAGACUUGAAAUUAAAAAAGGCUCGUGAAGAUCUUCAGAAUAGACUGGAUUUCCUUAGAAAAGAAGCUGAGAACUACGACGAUCGGGGUCCCGUUAUUGAUAUUGUUGUUUGGAAUGAUGGCGAUGCAUGGAGAGUGGCUGUUGAUACACAAGGUCUUGAGGAUGGAUCAGGGAAUGGGAAACUGGCAGAUUUUGUCCCUUUGACAAACUAUAGGAAUGAGCGGAAGUAUGGAAUAUUUAGCAAGCUUGAUGCCUGCUCAUUUGUUACAAAUGUUUAUGAUGAAGGCAAUCUGGUAAGUAUUGUAACAGAUUGCUCCCCCCAUGGGACUCAUGUUGCUGGUAUUGCUGCUGCAUUUCAUCCUGAGGAACCUUUGCUAAAUGGUGUUGCACCUGGAGCCCAACUGAUUUCUUGUAAGAUUGGUGAUACACGCUUAGGUUCAAUGGAAACUGGAACUGGUUUGGUUCGGGCACUAAUAGCUGCUGUAGAUCACAAAUGUGAUCUCAUCAACAUGAGCUAUGGAGAAUAUACUCUGGUACCUGAUUAUGGGCGUUUUGUUGACCUCGUUAAUGAAGUAGUGGAUAAGCAUCGUCUGAUUUUUAUCAGUAGUGCUGGAAAUAAUGGCCCUGCAUUAAGCACAAUGGGCUCACCAGGUGGUACUUCUUCUAGCAUAAUAGGAAUUGGUGCUUAUGUCUCCCCUGACAUGGCUGCUGGGCCUCAUUCUUUGGUCGAACCUCCACCUGAGGGGUUGGAAUAUACCUGGUCGAGCCGUGGCCCAACAGUUGAUGGGCAUCUUGGAGUCUGUAUAAGUGCUCCUGGUGGGGCUGUGGCUCCUGUACCCACAUGGACUCUGCAGCAACGCAUGUUAAUGAAUGGUACUUCAAUGUCAUCACCAUCUGCUUGUGGAGGAGUUGCUCUGCUUGUUAGUGGGAUGAAGGCUGAAGGUAUUCCUGUUAGUGCAUAUACUGUUCGCAGAGCACUGGAGAACACAUCUCUUUCUAUUGGGGAUACCCCCGAAGACAAGCUAUCCACAGGGCAGGGGUUGAUGCAAGUUGAUAGGGCCCUUGAAUACAUAAUGCAGUCAAAGAACUUCCCAUGUGUUAACUAUAGAGUUGUAGUAAAUCCAGCUGGGUUAUCCUCUCCUACAGCACGAGGAAUUUAUCUAAGGAAUGCUUGUGCUUGUCAACAGACUAGUGAGUGGACUGUGACAGUUGACCCGAAGUUCCAUGAUGAUGCAAAUAAAUUGGAACAAUUAUUUCCAUUUGAAGAGUGUAUAGAGUUGCACUCAAGUGAUAAAUCAGUUAUCCGCACUCCUGAGUUUCUCUUGCUGACAUAUAAUGGGCGUAAUUUCAACUUAGUGGUGGAUCCUACUAAUCUCAAACAUGGCAUGCAUUAUCAUGAAGUUUAUGGUAUAGAUAGCAAAGCUCCAUGGCGUGGUCCUCUUUUUAGGGUGCCAAUUACAAUUAUAAAACCUGUUGCUUCAAUCGGUCAACCUCCAACAAGUUCUUUUUCAAAUAUAUCCUUUGUACCAGGUCAUAUUGAAAGGAUUUUUGUGGAAGUACCAGUUGGAGCUACAUGGGCAGAGGCAACCAUGAAAGCUUCAGGAUUUGAUACUUCACGGAGGUUCUCAAUUGACACUCUUCAGAUCUGCCCAUUGAAGCGACCCAUUAGGUGGAAGGGUGCUGCGUUAUUUUCGUCACCUUCUCUUAAAAGUUUUAGUUUUCCUGUGAAAGGCGGUUUGACAAUGGAACUGGCCAUUUCCCAGUUCUGGUCCAGUGGCGUUGGUAGUCAUGAAGCGACUGUUGUUGACUUUGAGGUUGUUUUUCAUGGGAUAAACAUUGAGCAAGGGGCGGUGGUUCUUGAUGGAAGUGAAGCGCCUAAAAGGCUACUUGUUAAAUCUCUACUAGCAUCUGAGAAGCUUGUUCCAAUGGCAAAUUUAAAUAAGGUGAAAAUACCUUACCGGCCCGUUGACUCUAAGCUAAUUUGUCUGCCAACAAAUCGCGAUAAGCUACCCUCUGGAAAGCAGAUUUUCUCACUAACAUUAAUUUAUAAGUUCAAGUUGGAAGAAGGAGCUGAAAUCAAGCCCCGACUUCCACUGUUGAACAACCGGAUAUAUGAUAAUAAGUUUGAAUCUCAGCUUUAUGCAAUUUCAGAUGUCAACAAGCGUGUAUAUUCUGUUGGUGAUGCCUACCCCAAAUAUGUGAAACUUCCCAAGGGAGAAUACACUUUGCAUUUGUGUAUACGUCAUGAAAAUGUUCAGAUUUUGGAGAAAAUGAAGCACUUGGUUUUGUUUAUUGAAAGAAAGUUAGACAAAAAGGACCAUAUUCAGUUGAACUUUUUCUCUGGACCGGAUGGCUCUAUAAUGGGAAACGGCAGCUAUAAAUCAUCCACUUUAGUUUGUGGUGGAUCAGAAGCAUUCUAUGUCAGUCCACCAUCCAAAGAUAAGCUUCCAAAGAAUGCUCCUACUGGAUCUACAUUGACUGGUUCAAUUUCUUAUGGUUCAUUAUCCCUUGGCACCAAGAAUGAUAACCAAAAUCAACGCUCACCUGUAACUUAUCCAAUUUCUUUUAUUAUACCACCUCCAAAGAUUGAAGAGGAUAAAGGGAAGGACAAUUCUAAUGCCAGUAAAAGUAUCUCUGAGCGUUUGGAAGAAGAGAUAAGAGAUACCAAGCUAAAGAUUCUUUCAAGCUUGAAACGAGGGACUGAAGAAGAAAAGACAGCAUGGAAGGAAUUUUCUGGCUGCCUUAAGGAUGAGUAUCCCAAUUAUACCCCUUUGCUUGCUAAAAUUUUGGAUGCUGUGGUUUCUGGAGGAGCUGAAGAUGACAAGAUUAGCUAUAAGCAAGAGAUUGUUAAUGCUGCGAAUGAGGUCAUCAAUAGUAUUGACAAAGAUGAGUUGUUAAAAUUCUUUUCAGUAAAGCCUGAUCCUGAAGAUGAAGAGGCGGAGAAAAUCAGGAAGAAGAUGGAAUCUACACGAGACUAUUUAACAGAGGCUUUAUACCGAAAGGGACUUGCGCUUGCUGAUAUCGAGUUUUCUAAGGUUGAUCAACCUGCAAAGGAAACAACUAGUGCUGAUGAUGAGAAACAAGGAGAAGAAUCGAUUACUGUGGCGAGCGACCAAUCUGAUUCAUUCGAGGAGAACUUCAAAGAAAUCAAGAAAUGGGUGGAUGUUAAAUCCUCAAAGUACGGCAUGCUCGUGGUUGUUAGAGAGCGGCAUUGUAAACGGCUCGGAACUGCAUUGAAGAUAUUGAAUGAUAUGAUACAAGAUGAGUCAGAGCAAGGGAAGAAGAAAUUAUACGAUUUAAAGAUUGAAUUGCUUGAUGAGAUUGGCUGGAGCCAUUUGUCAGCUUAUGAGAAGCGAUGGUCGCACGUUCGAUUCCCGACGUGUUUGCAGCCUCUCUAAAUGUGUAUUUCUUUUGGUGCAAAAACCAGUCUAGUUUAGUUCAUCAUUUUGCCAACUUUAUUUUGGUUGCUGUCUUAUGAUCUCAUUCAUUUGCUUUUAGGCAAGAAGCAAACAGACAGUUCAGUUAACCGAAAACAAAAUAAUGAAAAUAAAAACAAAGAAUGACGGGAUGAUUCCUUGUAAUUUAAAUUGUUUGAUUCCACCAAAAUGUACAUAAAAUGGUUUGUAGUGGGAUGAAUUUGCUGGCAGUUCCUUUGGAUUCUUCAGUGAAUUGAUCAAAUGCAACAGGUAUAAUAUUUUGGC